AUGGAAAGUGGACAGGAGAAUAUUCCAAGCAGGUGCAAAAAGACGGUGUCCACAGCGCCUCUGUGUCUGCUGCUCACAGCUGCUGCCAGCAGCACCCAGGUGCUCACUCAGCCAGAUGCACUCCGCGACCUGUUCAACUGCUGUUUCACAUUUAAGCAUAAGAAGAUCCCCUUGCAGAGGCUGAAGAGCUAUGGAAUCACCAGUAGCCAGUGUCCGCAGGCAGCUGUCCUCUUCAGAACCAAACUGGCCAAGGACAUCGGUGCCGACCCAAAGGAGAAGUGGGUCUGGAAUGACAUGAAACACCUGGGUCAGAAACCUCACACCCUGAAGACUUGGACCCUUUCGGCCACUCUAAGACCCAGCCAGAGGCUGAGAAAUGAUUCUUCUCCCCCAGGCUUCCUGUCUCUAUCCUGGACUAAAUUGACCUGA